GACUUUUUCCGUUGUGAUACUACAUAGCGUGACGUAUCGUUGCCGGGUAACAAAUGCACUGCUUCUCUCACAUUCCCCGUUCUGUUUUCAUUCGAGAUUGAGUUAACUGAGAUCUAAAACAAAUAUUAUUUACAUUCAUAGACUGUGAGAGCAAAUACACCAUAUCUUACUUUGGAUUACACCACUGGAUAGUUCAUCGUUACGUUUGGAAUUACCAAGCAUCUAUAAUUGUGGAUUUAUUGUACCAGAUUAAAGCCGAACACGCAUCAUUAUGGGUGAACUUAACAUGCAGAAAGCACGCACACAUAGAAUCGAAUGACUUGGGUGUGUGUUGAAAAUCCAUAUAUAUUCGUGAAUGUUAAUUGGUUGUAGAUAAAUUAUUGAUUGUUUGUAUUUACAACCAAUGAGAGAAUAAAUGAAUAUUGAUGUUUAGACAUGAGCUCAAGAAGACACACACAACAAUUUAUUUACUGGAUUAAAUGCUUCGAUUACAUUGUGGUGAACAAAUAAUACAAUAGUUCAAUGGGUUCACUACAAAAUAACAGGUAUGUUUAAUUUACCAAUUAGUCUGUUUUUCACAACUAUUGUAAUUCAAUUUGGACAACACUAUUCAUUUUUAUCAAGGAGAAUUGAAAUUUGGUUUGAAUAUAUUUCAUACAUCCAGAUAAACAGUUGAGUACAAAUGAAUCAUCUUUUCGAAAGAAGAGACCUCAGAUAACAUAAACUCUGUUAAGAGAUGAAAUAUUUUGGAAAAUAUAUCGGAAGAGAAGAACCAUCAGUUGCACAAAUGCUUCAAAGUACAUUUGGGUUUCCUAUGGUAUUUGUUCAGAUUCUGUUAAUAGAGUUAAUUACAUAAUUAACAAGUCCGUUGUAAUUUAUUUAUGACUUAUUUCAUAAAUUUUUAAAUUGCGUGGAAACGUCUACAUAAAAUUGAUUUCAGUAGAUUACCGUUAGCUUUGUAAGAACAUCUCUAUCUCUGUUGGUUACAAUUUUUCUUAUGGACUACCAGCUCCAUUUGGAAGCUAUAAUGAUUUCCGGAAGAUUAUGACAUCUAAACUUAAAGCCUCGAGGAUAUGAGUGAAAAAGACUAGCACCAUUUGAUUUUCGGAAAUUCAAAUAGAGAUCUCAUUGUUGUGAUCCUGAAUUCACUUCACGUAAAACUCUAAUACAUCGGGUGAAUUCAUGUUGACUAAUUAUCAUACCUUACGUGAAGAUGAUUCAGCGAUACUCAUGAAAUAAGAAACUAAUGCCAGUUAUUAUUUUAACACGGAGUUUCACAGGAUAUCGAACCCAGAACAUUCGGUCAUGCGCACGUGUGCCUAACCUGUAGACCACCUGUAGAUUAAAACUAUUUGGUAGACGUUAAAAGCACUUACAUCUAUGUUUAGUAUUCUCACUUUGAUAAUCUUUCUUUAACUUCGUUUGAUAAGGUACUUCUCAUUAACAGAUCCAGUUUUGUGUUAAUUACAAAGUAUUGAAUCAGGCAUUUUGUCAAUUCCAUUUCCUCAUGAGACGUUUUAGGCGUUUAGUUGUACUGGCAGUUCAACUUGCAGUCCUUGUAUGUACAAGUUAUCAACUGACAAAAUUACUAUUUCAAUUCAAAUGGGAGGAACAAUUCGGCUUAUCACGAAAUGAUGAUGGUUUCUCCUUCAAUGAAUUACCACGUGAAACUUACUCAAGUUCAGUAGGUAAUUUAAAUCAGACCUAUUAUACUGCAUCACAAAUGAAGAAGUAUGAAAAUAAAAUUACACUCGGAUUUACUGAGAAAGAUCUUGAAGAAUUGUAUGAAAGGAAUUCCACUCCAGCUGCCAGAAAAUUAAUUCUCAACUAUGGAAACCUUCGCAUCAAUAUUAUUCGAAACUUCUCCUUCUGUUUCGCUUGUGAUUGUGAACUGAUUUUCGACAGAUCAAGAUGGCUUGAAGCCGAUGUUAUAAUCUUGACAGAUCACUUGUAUCCUAAAGGUCCAAGACCACCAAAUCAACUAUGGUUCAUUUUUGUACAUGAACCUCCCCCAUACAUCAGAAUCGCUGAUGGAUUGGAAAAUAAAGUCAACUACACAAUCUCUUAUCGAAUGGAUUCAACAAUUUAUUUACCGUAUCACAAUUAUAUCCCAUUUGUUGCUAGUCAUGGUCCAGAUACAAAAUACGUACUCCCUUCCCAUAACUAUGCCACUGGUAAAUCUAAAAUGGUAGCAUGGUUUGUAAGCAACUGUCAACCUAAAGGUCCGAGAAUGAUGUAUGUAAAAGAAUUAUCUCGUUAUAUUCAAGUUGAUAUUUAUGGUAGAUGUGGCACUCUGUCUUGCCCUAGAAAAGUCAAUGUUCAAUGUUUUACUGUACUUGGAAAGCAUUAUAAAUUCUACCUGAGUUUUGAAAACAGUUUAUGCCCUGAUUAUAUUACGGAAAAGCUUUACAGAAAUGCAUUAAUCAACAAUGUAAUUCCAGUUGUGAUGGGUGCCUCAUAUGAAGAAUACAAGCGUGUCGCUCCUCCUCAUUCAUUUAUUCAUGUGGAUCAGUUUGAAUCCCCAGAAAAGCUUGCCAAUUAUUUGAAGUAUUUGGACAGAAACGAUACUGCGUACAAUGAGUACUUCUCAUGGUAUGAGCAUGGGACCAUAGAUGUUUGGUUUCCAUUGCCUCAAUGCGCUAUAUGCUUAUUGGCACAUACCGCUCAUAAACUGAAAUCGUAUACAUUCCCAAAUGUUUCGAAAUGGUGGAACGAUGCUUGUGUUGGUCGUAAACUACGCUGGAAUUCUGUCGAUUAGCAACUUUUUACAGUUUUGAAUAAUACUUAUAUCACAGGUUACUAUGGUUUUGACUCUGUAUACUGUAAAGUGAUUACGAUUUUAUUAGUUUGUUAUUUUUAUCAAAAAUUCACUCAAAACUAUUUAUGGGAUACUUUAGACAGAAUAAAAUGUGUUCAUUAAUA